AUGGCCUCCGACGAAUGUUGGGUGGCGAUGGACGCCAGCUUGCCGGAUGGGCCGGAAGAGCCGGAAGAACUAGCAGGAGAAGAUGAUGAGUCAGAUGAGCCGUUUCCAUCAGAUCUCUUCACUCACGUCGUCCCGAAGGAGGAGAAGCCACGUCCGGAUGCACUUCUCGAGCCCGCAGUUGAUCAGCCCGGCCCGUCUACAGCCGCCGAGGAUGAACCGGCCUACUUCAACGAGCCUCAAGCUGUCCAACCGAAGGGUCGCCUCGUUCGUGCGAAUGUAGUGCAGGCUACUCCACGUCAGACUGUCCUGUGCCCCUACUGCCCGGGCAUCUACCAGAAGCAAGGCCUCCUCCGCCACAUUCAAUCCGCUCACCAGGGCUUCCACCUGCCGCCGACCCUUAUCGACAAGUCAUUCCACUGCAUCGAGUGUGAUCGCUAUUUUGCGACCGAUCACACACUGCGCGGCCAUCGCCAGAAUGUGCACUUCGAAUCCCAGACAGCCGGGCUGUUGCAGUGCUCGGCUUGCCCGAGCAGACCAAUCUCGCAGCAGGCCCUCGCCCAGCACUACGCCACCUCGCACUACACGAAAUAUGAGAAUUUCAAGCUCCGGAACAGCCUAUACGAGGAUCAGCAAUCGUUUCUGAACUGGCUCGCCCGGGUUGAGAGCGCCUCCAAGCACUGCUUCUUCGUGCACACCGCCCAGAAGGGCGAAUACGUCAAGUAUCGAUGCUGGGUGACGGGAGUUGAUGGAAAAGAUGCUGGAACAGUGUCUUGUCCGGCUUAUAUUGAGAUGUUCUUCAACAACACUGGUGUCUUUUCGAAGUAUCAGUUGAGCCAUGAUCACGAGCCUGACCGAGAUCUCGCUCGGACUGUCAAGGCAAAGUUUGCCAUCGUCGAAUCGGAGCUGGAGCCGGGGAAAAUGGCAGUGGCACUGGCUGAGCGAGCAGCAGCGGAAGGACAAUCACCUGUUCCAAGCGUACCUGCGAAGAAAUCAGCGGCUGAAAAUCCCGGCGCCUCGAAGCCUUACAACCCGCCGACUACCACCUCUUUGAAAAGGAAGCUGGAUGAUGCGGGGAUAACAUCCGUGGCUGCUAACCCGCACGUCGCCAAGCCGUCCCCACCUCUGCCGCACACUUUGAAGCGGAAGUUCCCGGCUGUGUCUGACUCUCUCUAUUUAAUCGGCAAGCCACCUCUCACGCUUGACGGAGCUGCAAAGAGAUUCCAUUCCGAAAAUAUUGGCUUUUACAAGCCGCCGAUGCGCCAAUCGGUCCCCGAAAGACAUUGGACGAUUCCAAAUCAGGGCCUCGAA